AGGGGCACCCGAGCUGCACCUUCCCCACAAAAGAUGCCCCGUUAUGAGCUGGCGUUAAUCCUAAAAGUCAUGCAGAGGCCUGAGACAGCUGCAACACUGAAACGCACAGUUGGAGCUCUGAUGGAGAAGGGAGCAGUAGUAAGGAAUUUGGAAAACCUGGGAGAAAGACAACUGCCAUAUCGGAUCUUAAAGCAUGAUGCACAUCACAACAGAGGAGGGUACUUCUUGGUAGACUUUGAAUCUCCACCAACAGUUGUUUCAGCCACGCUGGAACACUUAGAACGUGACAUUGAUAUAAUCAGAUCUACUAUAGUAAAGCAUAAUGAAAUAAAGAAAGAAGAAUGUGCAGGCAUCGAUCCAGUCAGCCGUGCAGAAAGACUAAUGGAGAAGAAAAAAAUAAAGAAAUAAAAACCACAGAGAUAUUAUAACCACUGAUUUGAAACCAAUUGUAAGCAUGUAUAAUUGAUGCAUAGUAACUAAUGAUGGUAUUGACAUGGAAUAUGGAAUGUUGUUUCAGCAGACUGUGGAGUCUGGUGCUUUUGCUGCAAGUUGGAGUUCCUCUGUCUCUGUAUAUUUGAUAAUCAGGGUGUGUCUUUUCCUUUUAGAGCAGCGGUCCCCAAACUUUUUGGGGGCCACGGACUGGUUGGGGGGAGUGAGCUCCAUGCGUGCGGGGGCACCCCCGCACUUGUGUGGUGGGCGAGUCACGCUGACACGGUGGUGUGUUGCACUUGCAGGGGGCGUGCUGUGAGCGCGACACACCCCUGCAGGCGCAACACACUCCUGCAGGUGUGACACACUCCUGCACGUGUGACGCCCACUGUGAGCAUGACACGCCCCCAUGCGGGUGUGACACACAUGCUGCACAUGUGUGUGUGUGGGGGUGGAGAUCCAUACCCGUGGCCCAGUUCCGGCAAGCCCACAGACCAGCACCAGGCUGCGGACGGGGUUGACGACUCCUGUUUUGAAGUAUUACAGUGUUCAACUUCAAUCUGUUGUUGAAGUUAUCCUUGCCCCCAAAGGCUAUGGUUUCCAUCUUGUGUGCCUUUAAUUGUGAGUAAAUCCCACCCUGAAGCAAAGGAAAUUGCUUCCGAAUAAAUAUGUGUAUGAUUUGGAACAUACAUUGAUAGUACUUUUCUGCAAUAUCAAUAUUAUAUAAUGUGAAUAUGGAAACUUUUAAAAUUAAUGUAAUAAAAUUCCCAAAUCAAGCCA